UCGGGCCACCCUCAGCAAACAUGGCGCUACUGAAAGUCAAGUUUGACCAGAAGAAGCGGGUCAAGUUGGCCCAAGGGCUCUGGCUUAUGAACUGGUUCUCUGUGUUGGCUGGCAUCAUCAUCUUCAGCCUAGGACUGUUCCUGAAGAUUGAACUCCGGAAGAGGAGCGAUGUGAUGAAUAAUUCUGAGAGCCAUUUUGUGCCCAACUCAUUGAUAGGGAUGGGGGUGCUAUCUUGUGUCUUCAACUCUCUGGCUGGGAAGAUCUGCUAUGACGCUCUGGACCCGGCCAAGUAUGCCAGGUGGAAGCCCUGGCUGAAGCCAUACCUGGCUAUCUGUGUCCUCUUCAACAUCAUCCUCUUCCUCGUGGCUCUCUGCUGCUUUCUGCUGCGGGGCUCACUGGAGAACACCCUGAGCCAAGGGCUCAAGAACGGCAUGAAGUACUACAGGGACACAGACACCCCUGGCCGGUGCUUCAUGAAGAAGACCAUCGACAUGUUGCAGAUUGAAUUCAAAUGCUGCGGCAACAACGGCUUUCGGGACUGGUUUGAGAUUCAGUGGAUCAGCAAUCGCUACCUGGACUUUUCCUCCAAAGAAGUCAAAGAUCGAAUCAAGAGCAACGUGGACGGGCGGUACCUGGUGGACGGUGUCCCCUUCAGCUGCUGCAAUCCCAGCUCACCGCGGCCCUGCAUCCAGUAUCAGAUCACCAACAACUCGGCACACUACAGUUACGACCACCAGACGGAGGAGCUCAACCUGUGGGUGCGCGGCUGCAGGGCUGCCCUGCUGAGCUAUUACAGCAACCUCAUGAACUCCAUGGGUAUCGUCACGCUCCUCAUUUGGCUCUUUGAGGUCACCAUUACAAUUGGGCUGCGCUACCUGCAGACGUCGCUGGACGGUGUGUCCAAUCCCGAGGAACCCGAGAGCGAGAGCGAGGGCUGGCUGCUGGAGAAGAGCGUGCCCGAGACCUGGAAGGCCUUUCUGGAGAGUGUGAAGAAGCUGGGCAAGGGCAACCAGGUGGAAGCUGAGGGCGCAGAUGCAGGCCAGGCCCCAGAGGCUAGCUGAGGGCCCCGGGGCCCCUCCCCACCUGAACACUGAAAAAUAGUGGACUCCAAGAACACGGAUCUCCCCCUCAUCCAACUCUGAAAGUCUGAAUCUCCCAAGGAGGGCACCAUCUUACAGGGCAUCAUGUUACCACCUCUCCUUGAUGGUGGAAUUUAAGUUUAGGGUCCCUCAAAGCAUUUGACAAACAGUUGUUGAAUGACUGACCCAAAAUGUGAAUGAAUGAGCUCCCCUCAGGCCCACUGCCCUAGGAUAUGCCCCCAUGGUGACUCAGGGGCGUCUCUCAGAUUUAGUCCCCACUAUGGGUCACUGGCUGUAUCUGAGGGCUGCUCUCCUUUAGAGUUUGCCUCUUAUGAGCUCCAUGUUGCUUCAGUCUACAUCCAAAGUGUCACUUGGUGCAUAAGCGCAGAAAUCUGAAAAAUAAAUGGCCAUGCUGUCUUUUUUUUUUUUUUUAAUGCCAAGAUUGACAGGUUGGCCAUUUUGUUUGCUUAAUGCCAGAAGUUGGGGGAAAGUUACACUUUUCUAAGAGUAACGGGUUCUGAAAGCACUGAGGGCUCUAAACAGGAAUUCUUAAAUCAUGGAGCAAGAGAAUUUUAAGGCAGGAGAUUAUUUCCCCCACCAAAAACAGAGUGAAAGGCCUGCUUUUGUGUCCCAUUCACAUGCCCUCAGUCCCUGAGUCUGGAGUGAACCAUGGGUUGAGGAAGUCAGGCUGUUGGUGUGUCCCAGCCCCGGACCACCCCAACGUGCCAGGUGAUCUCCUGUGGCUCAUCUGUGGAAGCACUGGGGUAGGCUGCUGCCCUGCUGUGGAAGAGGAGCAAAAAUCAGACAUGAGUCCACCCUUUGGAGACCAGGCCUCAGCUCUUGGUGGACCCAGGAACACCCACACAGGUGGCCAUGACAGCCCCACGGACACACUAAUUGUCCACAGCAAAGGGCAAGGAAUCCUCUGGGAGCUUCUUCUCUUUCUUCCCCCCAGAUACCCAUGUUGAAAAACACUAUUUUUGGAAUGCUUCUGCAUCAAAGGAAAUUCUUUGAGUUAGAAUCUGAUGGACUGAUUCUUCAGCCCAUCUUCCUGAGCUAGCAAAUACAGGCAUUUUUCACUUUCUUUAGGAAAGAGAAGCUUUCAGGGGAAGGAGAGAAUGACUUCCCAGGCCCUGGUGACCAGACCAAGGCAGGGCCCACCAUAAUUCCGCCAGUUGGAUGAACAUUCAAGAGAGCUCAUUCCUACCUGGCUGGAGACUGAAGCCAGAAGGCAAAAACCGGAAAGGGAACAGCCCAUAAUUUACCUCUGCUUCUGACUGAUGGUGUUUGGGCAUAGGUUACUUUGGACUGCGUUUGGGUUCUUUGCUGUCCUAACAACUUUAGUGUAGAGAAAAUAAGACUUCUGGUGUUGCCUGGGGUAUGUUCUGGGCUUAAUUCUCCCAAGCAGAAGACCAGAUCCAAGAUGUCUGGAAACCCUGUCAGACGUUGGUCCCAAGUUUAAUUAGAUUUCCGAAUCUUGUUGAGGCCAAGGAAUGAUCCACACUGAAAAAUCCUGAGCUGGCCAUCUUUGGCAAAGGUCCCUGAGCUCUCCCCGCCUCUCAAGAGUGCUGAGAACCUUGGUGAAAGUGCUGCUCUAGGCCCACACGUGUAAUUAUGCUGUGAAUAGCUGUCAAUAGAUAUUAAAAAUCAUACUGUAUGAAAA